GCCCUUGUGUCCCAGUCGGCUGGGCUCCGAGGCCACGGUCUAGCGCCCGGCAGAGGCGGGAAUCGUCUCCCGGUGUUUGGGUGUCGGUUUCUUUUUGUCUUGGUUCUUUGGCUUUCGUGUCUUACCUGCUGUGGCCAUCUUCGGUGUCCUCCAUGCCCUCCAAGGAGUACGUGGGCUCUCGGGUGGCAGACCAGAUCAUCAGAUGUUCAUUCAUCUGGCUCUUCAGAUGCACAUAUGGAUGCAUCUGGACCCUCAGAUAGUGAUAUGCCAAGUCGGACUCGGCCUAAGAGUCCAAGAAAACAUAAUUAUAGGAAUGAAAGUGCCCGUGAGAACCUUUGUGAUUCUCCUCAUCAGAAUCUCUCAAGACCUCUUCUAGAAAACAAACUUAAAGCAUUCAGCAUUGGAAAAAUGAGCACAGCUAAGCGAACUUUAAGUAAGAAGGAACAAGAGGAAUUAAAGAAAAAGGAGGAUGAAAAGGCAGCUGCAGAGAUCUAUGAGGAAUUUCUUGCUGCUUUUGAAGGAAGUGAUGGUAAUAAAGUGAAAACAUUUGUGCGAGGGGGUGUUGUUAAUGCAGCUAAAGAAGAACAUGAAACAGAUGAAAAAAGAGGUAAAAUCUAUAAGCCAUCUUCAAGAUUUGCAGAUCAAAAAAAUCCUCCAAAUCAGUCGUCCAAUGAAAGACCACCAUCUCUUCUUGUAAUAGAAACCAAAAAACCUCCACUGAAGAAAGGGGAGAAAGAAAAGAAAAAAAGCAACUUGGAACUUUUCAAAGAAGAAUUAAAACAAAUUCAAGAAGAGCGUGAUGAGAGGCAUAAAACAAAAGGCAGGUUAAGUCGAUUCGAGCCGCCUCAGUCCGAUUCUGAUGGUCAGCGUCGUUCUAUGGACGCGCCUUCCAGGAGAAAUCGAUCAUCUGGUGUUCUUGAUGAUUAUGCACCAGGCUCACAUGAUGUAGGCGAUCCGAGUACUACUAAUUUAUACCUUGGAAACAUUAAUCCACAGAUGAAUGAAGAAAUGCUGUGCCAAGAAUUUGGAAGAUUUGGACCAUUAGCUAGUGUGAAAAUUAUGUGGCCUAGAACUGAUGAAGAAAGAGCAAGAGAAAGAAAUUGUGGCUUUGUGGCCUUUAUGAAUAGAAGAGAUGCUGAAAGAGCUUUAAAAAAUUUAAAUGGAAAAAUGAUUAUGUCUUUUGAAAUGAAGUUAGGUUGGGGUAAAGCUGUACCUAUUCCUCCACAUCCAAUAUACAUUCCGCCUUCUAUGAUGGAACAUACACUUCCCCCACCUCCAUCCGGACUGCCUUUUAAUGCGCAGCCUAGAGAACGGUUAAAAAACCCCAAUGCUCCCAUGUUACCACCACCUAAAAACAAGGAGGAUUUUGAGAAGACUCUGUCGCAAGCCAUAGUCAAAGUGGUUAUCCCAACAGAAAGGAAUUUGCUCGCCCUGAUACAUCGAAUGAUAGAGUUUGUUGUACGUGAAGGGCCAAUGUUUGAAGCUAUGAUUAUGAACAGAGAAAUCAACAAUCCUAUGUUCAGGUUCUUAUUUGAAAACCAGACACCUGCCCAUGUUUACUACAGGUGGAAGCUUUAUUCCAUUCUGCAGGGAGAUUCUCCAACUAAAUGGCGGACAGAAGAUUUUCGUAUGUUCAAAAAUGGAUCUUUUUGGAGGCCACCACCAUUAAAUCCAUACCUUCAUGGAAUGUCAGAAGAACAAGAAACAGAAGCUUUUGUAGAGGAACCUAGUAAGAAGGGAGCACUCAAGGAAGAACAGAGGGACAAAUUAGAAGAAAUCUUACGGGGAUUAACUCCAAGAAAAAAUGAUAUUGGAGAUGCAAUGGUCUUCUGUCUUAAUAAUGCUGAAGCUGCUGAAGAAAUAGUGGAUUGCAUUACUGAAUCAUUGUCUAUCUUAAAGACACCUCUUCCUAAAAAGAUUGCCAGAUUAUAUUUGGUUUCUGAUGUUUUGUACAACUCUUCAGCCAAAGUUGCCAAUGCUUCAUAUUAUAGAAAAUUUUUUGAAACAAAGUUAUGUCAGAUAUUUUCAGACCUCAAUGCUACCUAUCGUACAAUUCAAGGCCAUUUGCAGUCUGAAAACUUUAAGCAACGGGUAAUGACCUGCUUCAGAGCAUGGGAAGAUUGGGCAAUUUAUCCAGAACCAUUUUUGAUCAAACUACAGAAUAUUUUCUUAGGACUUGUAAAUAUUAUUGAAGAAAAGGAAACUGAGGAUGUACCAGAUGAUCUUGAUGGUGCUCCCAUUGAAGAAGAGCUUGAUGGUGCACCUCUAGAAGAUGUGGAUGGAAUUCCCAUUGAUGCUACUCCCAUUGAUGAUCUUGAUGGAGUUCCUAUAAAAAGUCUUGAUGAUGAUCUGGAUGGAGUGCCUUUGGAUGCAACUGAAGACUCAAAGAAGAAUGAGCCUAUAUUUAAAGUUGCCCCGUCAAAAUGGGAAGCUGUAGAUGAAUCUGAAUUGGAAGCACAAGCUGUAACAACUUCUAAGUGGGAGUUAUUUGACCAGCAUGAAGAAUCAGAAGAAGAAGAAAAUCAAAAUCAAGAAGAAGAAAGUGAAGAUGAAGAUGAUACCCAAAGUUCCAAAUCUGAAGAGCAUCACUUGUACUCUAAUCCAAUCAAAGAAGAAAUGACCGAGUCCAAAUUCUCUAAAUACUCUGAAAUGAGUGAGGAAAAACGAGCUAAGCUUCGUGAGAUUGAGCUCAAAGUUAUGAAGUUUCAGGAUGAAUUAGAGUCUGGAAAAAGACCUAAAAAACCAGGCCAAAGUUUCCAAGAGCAAGUAGAACACUACAGAGAUAAACUUCUUCAACGAGAGAAAGAGAAAGAAUUAGAAAGAGAACGAGAAAGAGAUAAGAAGGAUAAAGAAAAGUUGGAAUCUAGAUCCAAAGACAAGAAGGAAAAAGAUGAGUGUACUCCAACAAGGAAAGAAAGGAAAAGGCGACAUAGUACAUCCCCCAGCCCAUCUCGCAGUAGCAGUGGUAGACGAGUGAAAUCCCCAUCACCAAAAUCGGAGCGGUCAGAGCGUUCAGAAAGAUCUCAUAAAGAAAGCUCCCGGUCCAGGUCAUCUCACAAAGAUUCUCCUAGGGAUGUUAGCAAAAAAGCCAAAAGAUCACCAUCUGGGUCAAGGACACCUAAAAGGUCUAGGCGAUCACGAUCUAGAUCCCCUAAAAAAUCAGGGAAGAAAUCCAGAUCCCAGUCCCGAUCUCCACACAGGUCUCAUAAAAAGUCAAAGAAAAACAAACACUGACAUAUGUUUUUAAGAUGCUGUCACUUAUUGGAAAUGCGAUUUUGUUUUGUGCCUGAAUGGUCUGUUUUUUAAAAAAACAAAACAAAAAAAAUCAAAUGAAAGAGCAUUCCUGGGUUUUUUUUGUUUGUUUGUGAAUGCAUGUGUAAACUCAUGAGUAACUGCAUCUGUAGACCUGUCAUUGUUUUAUAUUGUAUAAAUUACUUUCAUUGUGGCUGUUUCUGAAGAUGAAAUUUUUAUUGUGCUAAUGAAUUUCAUCAGAAAUGUGUAUAAUGGAUCUGCUGGCAGUAGUAGUAUUUUGUUUUAGGAUGUUGUGACUUAGCAAAAAUAAUACAGAUGUCUUCCCCCCUUUUGUAGCUUUGACAAUUUGAAUUAGAUUUCAAAUAAAAUCUGAACAGAAAACUAUAAUGUUGUUUUUUUGCCCAGUUGGUGAUAUCAAGUCCCUUGAAUUACUACAAAGUGAAUUUGGCAUUAAUGUUGUGUUUCUUAUACCCUUUAAUGCACUUUACAAGUUCCAGUGUUCAAGUAGCUGAAGUUUUAUAUUUACUAAGAUGAAUAUCAAAAUUAAGGGACCUGAAACUACUAUUGGUAGGUUUGCUGACUAGUUUUCUUCAGUAAGGUUCUCUUGGAUAAUUCCAAUACCCAGAGAAUGGAAUGCUUGACUUAAACAUUUUUCUUUUUUCAAAGAAGCAAUAUUAUUUCAAUACACUCAACCCAUGUCUUGAGCAACUACUUAUUUUUAGGGGAAAAUGAAAUCUCUUGAUUUUUGUCUUCUAUUAUGGAAAAAGUUUAUUUAUAAAAGAAAUUUUCUAACAAGAUUUGAUCAUAGAAUUCUUUCGUAUGAUAGUUGCCCUUUUAUAAUUUUCUGUGAGCUGUCUUUCAAACACCGGUAUCAGAAUAAUUCUAUAAAUUUAUGUUUAAAACAUCUUAAUUUUUAAAAAGAAAGUUUGGCUUUAGGUGUAGUUCUAAGUAAAAUUUAAAAAUACAAUGGUUUUCAGGAAAUUUAACAUCCAAUGGUUUGUAAAUCCAAGGUGCAAAAACCAUUCUCAGAGUUAAAAUCUAUUAUAAAUGAGAAUAAAAUCCCUGUAGUCUGAGAAGAAAAAAACUUGUGUAGUGUUGACCAUAAUGUUACUAUAAAUAUAAUGUAAUAAAGGGUUACAUAGACUUGAACUGACACUAUUAUUUGUCAAUCUUGCUUUCAGUUUUUCAUUAAGGCAUUUUACAUAGUGGUUUGAUGUUUUUUUUUUUCUCUUUAGCAGAGAAAGUAGAAAGCUAUUAUAAUAAUGGAUUGUUUUGAUUUCCCUUGCUUAUAAAAAAAAAAUCUUUUCAACUUUGUGCUUAGUCUUGCCUUGUCAAAAAAUAAGAUACUUUGUGUCCAUGUUUUGGGAAGAAACUUGUUAGUUGAGCAGUGAGGCAUACUAUGUCCAAACUGGGCAAAUCUACAAGAGCUUUGGAAAUGAGCCAAUCUAUCAGGUUAUUUUAUAUACUGGUCUUAGCAUGCAAGUAUUACUUGGAAGUUAUUUCCUUAUUGUUCACUCUUUUUUGUUUAUCCAUUUUGUUAGGAUAGUUAAUUUCUAAAAGUUGUUCAGAAUAAUUAAUGUGAACAUUUGGUGCUGGUAUUUAAAAACCUAUAAAUGUCAUUAUUUUAAAGUAACCAUUUAUUCCCCCAAUCGUUGCCUGGAAGAAUGUAAUUUUUAUAUAAUCCACCUUUCUUUGCAAAAACAUUACUAGUGUUGAAUUGCUGGUGAUUUUGGCAUUCCCCAUUCACUGUUAUCUUGUAUAGGCUUAGAAAUGGUCAUGGUAUCAUAUUUUCAGUUAAGUUGCAAGGGAUGCUUAUUUUCCUCUUGCUCUAAAAGCAAAAACAAAAACAAAACAAACCCUGGAAGAGGGAGGAGUGAGUAGUGGUUUGGGGUGCUUAUUGGUAAUUUUUCCUACUGCAAAGGAAUUCAGCAGUUUUCUUUAUAUACAUCUCGAUAAAAUUAUUGUAGUUUGUCUUUGCAGUGGAUAAAACUGGCUUACUUUUGGUUAAGGGGGAUUGCUUAGGCCUAGUAGAAUGUAUUUGGUGAAAUUUGUUAAUGUGUUUAUUGGAUUUUGUUUUCUUAAAUUGCAAAUAGUAAGAUAGGUUAGUUCCAAUUUUACUUUAUAAAGAAAUAUCUAGAGUAAGCUUGUUAAAUUCCCUGUAAAUUCUGUGAAAGUUGAAUAGGAUCAGAAGUUGGUGAAUUGUGGGAGGAAGAUAGGUAUCCUACCAUAUUUUUAUAAUAUCAGUUUUAUAAUAUCAAUUUGGAACUACAGAACAUUAGUGCAUAGCCAAAUGUCUCUAGGUUGACUGAAAUGUGCAUUGACUACUUUCUUCUAGUUGUAGGAAAGACCAUGUUCCAGCUAUGUAACAGUCACUGUCCUCUGCCACAACUACACACAAGAGGAAAUCCUCUAUUGUCUAUCUUUACAAAGGGCAUCAUUUAAAUUCUUUACCCUCAAAUCUACCAUUUAUACACAGUGAUUUCUUACCAGGUUAACAUCAUGUAACUCUCCUCUCUUCUCCCAGGUGAAAGAAAGGAAAUAAGUGUUGGUCUCUCUCUUUCUGGAAAGAGACCAGUGAUUGAAAAGGAUCAUGUUGGUGAAUCUUUUCUUGACAUGUUUAUAUUCUUUGUUAUAUUAGUAAACAUGGAAAUUUAUGAACUUUAACAUCUUGAAAAGUUAGAGACUAAAGAAUUAACAUAACAAAAAUCUCUGAUACAAAAGAAUGCUCUUUAUUUGGCUCAGAAUAGUCUUGACCUUUUUGCUAAAGUUUGCAGAAAUUACUUUACACUGACCCAAUUUUUCUUUACUAUAGACCAUUCCUAGGAACUUACCCAGAAUCUUUUAUCCCAAUUAAUGAAUCUUGGGGGAAAUGCUGUGACUUAUGUGUGAAACUUUAAUAAUAUUCUUGAUCACUUGAAAAUAUUUUGAAGAAAUUUUGAUCAAAUUUAGGUUUAUUAGAAAUAUUUUGUAUACAUUUACCUUCUUGGUGAUAUAAGUUCUGAAAAAUUACAUGAUCAUGAUAAUAGUUUUAUCAUUAUUAAAAAUAAGAGCAAAUAAAUAUAUUGCCAAAGUGACUUAAACUAGUCUGAUGACCACAACGGUGUGAUUUCUUUAGCAAAGUUGUUUUUAAAAAUAUAGUACCACGUUUCUGAGAUUGUGUAUUUAAAAAACAAAACAAAACAAAACUUUUUUUCUCUUCAGUGACAUUUUAAUGGAAAAGUUAAUUAUGAAAUUCAGUGCAGAUACUAGUGAAGACACUAAAUUUAAAGGAAAAUAUUCCUGUAAAAACUCAAAUUUUACAAAGUGCUUGGUUUCUUUUCACAUGUAUGUUUUGGAAUAGAUUUUAGAGAGUGUUUCUCAUCCUUUUGACUCUUCUUCUUUUAUCAUCUACUUGUUCGGAUUUAAGUAAAACAAGUUCGGAUUUAAGUAAAACAAGUAAAACCCCUAGGAGCAGUGUGGUGGUGACAGACGGAAGGGUUGGGAGUAUACUGCUGUGCAGAGUGAGCCUGCUCCACUGUUGAGAAUCAGUGCCUCCAUGUUCCUCCAGUACCACCUCAUGGAACCUCAGUGUAAAUGGAUUAUGUGUAUAGUUGGUCAUUUGUAUAGUUUUUCAGAUCUAUAGAUUCAAUACCCUCAAUUGUUUUUACAUGUAAUUGUGCUUAGAGUAUUUGUGUUUUAUCCUUUCACUUUAACAGGCUUUUGAAUGUUAUGUAUCUGGUGAUUUGAAAUAAUAGAAAAGACAGUUUUUCAGAAAUAAGCAUAAUAUAGUUGAAGUCAGCUCUGCUGAAAUAUUCUACAGCAACUGAAUUUGGUUACCCUUGACUUAAGGGUUAGGAUUGUUGUGGCACUGCUUUCCAGAUCAGACUGUCACUUUAUAGUUUUUCUACAUAAAGAUUAUAUAGUUGCUAACAAAGGUUGUGAAAUUUCCCUUUUGUUGUUGUUUUCUGAAUUUUAAUUAUUUUAAUAAAAUACGUUGUUUUCAUAGUAAA